AGUUUUCGUCCCAAGCACAGCCAAUUCCCGAAAGGCCAUGAGCUGGGGCAAGGGAGCGCAUCCCUGGAGCAACUGGGGUGAUUCCUGGGGUCAGGAUGCCUGGAGUCAGCCCCCUUGGAAGGGAAACGAUGGCAAGGGUGGCAAAGCGAUGACCAGCGGCCCCUAUGCCAAGGAGCUCAAACCUGGUGACUGGAUUUGCCCUACCUGCGGUGACCACCAGUUUGCCCGAAACUGGUAUUGCAAGAUGUGUGCACAAUCCGGGCAAGGCGGCAUGGGCGGAAUGGGCGGAAUGGGCGGAAUGGGCGACCAGAUGGACCCCAUGUCUGCCAUGAUGGCCAUGAUGAUGAUGGGCGGCGGGGGAAAGGGCAUGGGUGGCAAAGGGACGAUGGGAGCAGUGAAGGGCGACCCCAAGCAAAUGGUUUAUGUCGGAAAUCUGGACUUCAAGGUGACGUGGCAAGCGCUGAAGGAUCAUAUGAAACAGGCUGGCAAAGUCCAGUUCUGCUCUGUGCUGACAGAGGAUGGCACGGAAUGGAGCAGGUCAAAGGGUAUGGCCUGUGUGCGAUUUGAGACUGAGCAGGAGGCCAACAAUGCCAUCCAGAUGCUGAACGGGGUCGAGCUGCAGGGCAGACCCCUCAAGGUUGAUCACUGGCAGGGAAAAACUGGGUAGAACCUCGCCUGAGUGAGCACCGGCCGCGGCCAAAGUGGUGAGCUCCAAUCUAGCACGCCAGCGUCGGAAGAUUGGGCUUCGCUGUCAGCAUGUGACGCAUUAGGCGUUGACAGAGCUGGCUAUCACAGUUGG